GUCAGCGGCGCCGUCAUUCCUCCGCCGGACUACGUCUGCGAAGAUGUCGCCAUCACGGCCCCACUAACUCCACCCCCAUUACCCUUCCAGCCAGGCCACCCUGCCUACCCACCUUACCCAAUCAACUACCACUCCCACGCUUCCCCUUCACUUACCCUUCCACAUUUGUACCCUCCCGCAACCAUUCCCGACAACACCGUCAGUGUGGACCACCUUCUGGCGGUGCAACUUGACAUCUUUGCGCCCGAGCCGCUCCCUCCU